AUGCUGAAAGCGGAUUCGUCACGGGCUUCGUUCAGGCCCGCCCCGCUGACCCUGGGGAUGGGCAGCCAGGAGAUGUCCAAAUACAAGAAGAGGAGGAGUAAAAUGGUGAGGGACUUUCUCUCUCCUGUCAGCAUUGCCCUCUGGAAAAUGAAAACCAGAAACGAAAGCAGGCUCCCUAUGGUGCUGGCCAGUCUGGGUCCCCAGGAGCUGUCGAGGCCGCCGCGCCUCAUUUGGGCUGAUCUUGUCUUCCCUGUCCCCCAGCGCCAGGUCGGGUCCAAAGGGGCAACCAAGGAAAGAGCGGCUUUGCGGGCAGCAUCUCAAGGGCAUCCAAGAAGUGAGGGUUGCAAUGUGGGACAAGGGAACAGGACUACAAAGCUGUGGCACCUCCAUCUGGGUUGCAUCCCAGAAGACGAGGCGGAAGAAAGAGGUGACUCAGUGGCGCCCAAAUGCCCAGCUGCGAAUCUGCCUUCCAUUCGGGAAACCGAGGGCGCCCAAGAAAGGCGUGCCGUCAAAAAGAUUCUGGUGGACCUGCGACCCAUUCUGGAGAAUGUGGUGGACCUCUCGGACUAUUCACAAGAGGAGCCGUCAGAGAGGGACCCCCAAAAUGAUGGACAACCGUCGUGGAAGGGUGGAGGUCUCAGCAGUGAAGGCCUCGUGGAAAGAGGAGGUUGCCAUGCUGCAGAAGCAGCCACCGCUAGUUCCACGGAUGGUGGUGUCUAUAAGGACAUCUCAUUGCCGCCCACUGAGGGCCCCUUUCAAGCCCCCAGGCUCCACGCAGAGAGUGCCGACAAGACCCCGAAAGGAAUCCAUGCCCAGCCGGGCGAUUCAACAGAGUUUCAGAAAAGCAACCGGCCAGCCCUAGUGACCCCUGAACCAAAACUCAGGACGACAGCUUCCUUCCCCCAAACAACCCCACACCAGUGGGCUCCGCUAGAGACUGACAGUGCCCCACAACCAGAAAGGCUUGCUGCCCCCCUCCCAGACUCCGGCCUUCCUACCCACCUGCUCCUACAGAGCCUACAGGAGACCAUGACCAGCCGCCAUCACUUGCUGAUCACUCAAGUGCUGAGUUCGCUGCGUGAGGAAUUGCUGGGGGACGACCUGCGCUUGGGGUACAGCACCUCCAGGGACAAAGGGAAUGGCCCUGCAGAGACUCCUAGCAGCAAAGUCUUGAAAAACAGGAAGGUCACUGGCGGGCUACAGGAGUUCAAGCCUGGCCCUGCAGCUGCAAAGAGAACGCUCAGUAAAUUCACCUGGCAUCGCAACAGGUCCGUCUAUGAGGCCGGCUCAGAAGCGCAGCUCCCAGACCUUUGA